UUGGAGAGUACAUGCUGACCUCACAGCCGAAAAAAACUAUUUAAAAGAUGUGGAAACCAGAUGUUUCAGCCGCAUUCCAGCUGCUACUCUGAGAAUUUCUCGUGGACAGCCCCGACACUGUAAACGGCUCUGCAACUGAAGAUAUGGUCGUCCUCAUUUGCUUAUGCGUCUUGCUGUGGGAAGAGGUUCAUGGAUGGGGAUUCAAGAAUGGAAUCUUUCAUAACUCCAUAUGGCUUGAACAAGCAGCGGGUGUGUACCACCGAGAAGCUCGGGCUGGCAAAUACAAGCUCACCUAUGCAGAAGCCAAGACUGUAUGUGAAUUUGAAGGUGGCCGCCUCGCCACCUACAAGCAGCUAGAAGCAGCCAGAAAGAUUGGAUUUCAUGUCUGUGCUGCUGGAUGGAUGGCCAAGGGAAGAGUUGGAUACCCCAUAGUGAAACCCGGGCCCAACUGUGGAUUUGGGAAAACUGGUAUUAUCGAUUACGGAAUCCGGCUCAACAGGAGUGAGCGAUGGGAUGCCUAUUGCUACAACCCACAUGCAAAGGAGUGUGGUGGUGUCUUUACAGAUCCAAAGCGAAUUUUUAAGUCUCCAGGCUUCCCAAAUGAGUAUGACGAUAACCAGGUCUGCUACUGGCACAUUCGGCUCAAGUACGGUCAGCGAAUUCAUCUGAGCUUUUUGGACUUUGACCUUGAACACGACCCAGGCUGCCUGGCCGACUAUGUAGAAAUAUAUGACAGCUAUGAUGACGUCCAUGGCUUUGUAGGAAGAUACUGUGGUGAUGAACUUCCAGAAGACAUCAUUAGCACAGGAAAUGUCAUGACCUUGAAGUUUCUGAGUGAUGCAUCCGUCACAGCUGGAGGUUUCCAGAUUAAAUACGUCACAGUGGAUCCUGCAUCCAAAUCCAACCAAACCAAAAAUACAAUUACUACUGGAAAUAAAAAACUCUUAGCUGGAAGAUACAGCCAUCUAUAAACAUUUUUAAAGAAAUGUUCAAAACAUACAGUAUUUAUGUUUGUAGCUUGUGGAACUCCUUUGUUCUCACUUUUGUAUUUUAUUAUUAACAUGUAUUUAUUAUUUUUCCAAAUGUGAAAGCAAUAUGUAAAUGUAGGAAAAGUUGAAAAAUACUGAAAACUUCAAAUGAGUAAAAAAAAAUUUCAUAAUUCUACUCCAUAGAAAUAAUUGGUGUUUAAGAUUUUUCAGUGUUUGUCUUCCAUUUGUUUUUCUACUUGUAGUAUAUGUAUAUUUGUGAUUAUAUGUAUUUGUAUUUGAGUUUUGGCAUUCUUGCAUUAUGUAUAGUUUUGUAAUGUUAACAUUUACAGCUUGAACAAUUCCUAAGAUCACUGAAUUUUCUACAAAAUGGGACUUUGAGCAGCUGUAAAUAUCUCCUAGUACGAUCGUUUCCUGCUUUAUUCAUAAAUAUUGCUGUAAUAAAUAAUCUUGGACACAAA